GUACAUAUGUAGUCACGUAUCGAAUGCAAUCGGUUACUGCAUUAAUUCUUCAGCCUUAAGGAACAGUAGUUUGAAAUAAACGACACAUUAAAAUAGACUGAUAUUUUUUAUAUGUUUAAUAAAAUUUGAUUUAUUUUUUAUAAUGAAUUUAGUAAAUUUCUGCCGAGCUCUUCCAAAAUUGGAACUUCAUGCUCAUUUAAAUGGAUCCCUAAGCGUGGAUACUUUGAAGAAAUUGUAUAAAAUGCAAAAUCCUAAUUCAGAAGACUCUGACAAAAUAUUUACGAGUAUAAAAGAUUUUUCAUCAUUAGGCGAGUGUUUCAAAGUAUUUGACAUAGCACAUUCAUUAGUAGUAACACCAGAAGCAGUUUUUCAUUCUACCUACGAUACAAUUAAAGAAUUCAAAGAUGAUAACGUAAUAUAUUUGGAGCUUAGAAGCACACCACGUGUUAUUCAAGGAAAAAUGACAAAAGAAGAAUGUGUAGAAGCAAUUAUAAAAGCAUUUGAGGUGUGCAAGAUUGAUUUUCCAGGCAUAUUAUUGAAGUUAUUAAUAUCUAUUAAUCGUAAACAAGGAUACAAAGCAGCACAAGAAAACAUAGAAUUAGCAAUAGAUUUUAUUAAGAAAUAUCCCCAAUAUAUUGUUGGACUUGAUCUCAGUGGAGAUCCAAUGACAGGAAAUACAUUUUUAGAAUUAUUGGAAAAAGCUAGAAUGGCUGGACUUAAAAUUGCAAUCCAUUGUGCAGAGAUUUCAAAUGAAACUGAAACAAUAGAUAUCCUUGAAUUUAAACCAGACAGAUUGGGACAUUGCACUUGCAUUCAUCCCACACUACAAGGAUCAAACAAAAUAUUUAAUUUGCUUCUUAAGUCAAAAAUUCCUGUAGAAUUGUGUUUAACUUCGAAUGUUCAAUGUAAAACAGUACCUACUUAUGAAUCUCAUCAAUUUAAAUAUUUGUUUGAAGCUGGACAUCCUAUUUGUCUUGGUACCGACGACAAAGGUGUUUUUCAUACAUCUUUGUCUCACGAAUACGAAAUAGCUAGUUCAACGUUUGGUUUAGAACGAGAACAACUCAUAAAACUUUGUCUAUCAUCUGUACAAUAUGCUUUUGCGACAUUAGAAGAGAAACAAGCAAUAUUGUGUAAGAUCGAAAAAUUUGCUAAAGAAUAUAACGUUACAUAUUGAAAUUGUAAUGAAUUAUCGUCAAUGAGAUCGACAAUUCAUGUCGCUACAUAUAUGUAUAAAAAUUUGGUAGACACAAACAUUCGAUCGAAUUGACAAAGUAUAUACAUGUUGUAUAAAGACAUAACGAGGUCAUAGACUAUUGAAAUAAAAGUAAUAUCGAUUUUAUUCGUUAUAAUAUUUGUAGACUCGUUUACAUGGAUUUACAGAUAAUUAAGCUACUUACAAAGAUUAAAAUAGUUAAUGUCAUCAGCAUUCUGUUUUUUUUAUUUAAAUUGUAUAUAGUAUAUACAACGUAUAUAAUAAUUAUUACAAUGUUAUGCCUACAAAUAUGCUGAUUUUUUUUCGACAUUGAAGAAAAAAAGUAGUAAUACUUACAAACCGGCGUCAGUCUAGUCGGUUCAAUAAACAUUAAUAAUUGUCUUGUAAACUAUGAAAAUCAUCGAGUGCAGCGAAACUGGUAAUGUUAUAUUUAUUUUUUUGUUGCUCAUUUUUGUAUUUGAUGUUUUUAGCAUUUUAGUGUUUCGUGUAAUCAAUUAAAAAGUAAAACGAUGAAUUUACCACAUAAAAAAGAUGGUCAAGAAUCAAAAUGUCGUCAUUAAUUUCAAGAUCGCCGCAGGAAUAUUUUUCUUAUUUGAGAUCAAAUGUUUCGAAUAAAAAUGAAAAAAAGAAAGAAAAAAGGGAUCAGCCUUUUAUCUUCAUGCAAGAGCAACAAGGAUUUCUUUUCUUAACUUUGAUUCAAAUAUUCCUUUUUCUGUCAUUUUUUCUUUUUUUUUUUUUUUUUGUUCUUCUAUUAGAACCGUCACUUGCUAGCACGCCAUAACAAGAUGAUAGUAGUAAAUAUCUGAAUAAUACUAAUAGUAGUAAUUGGAAUAAUAGCUAUAUGGUUGUAAUAUUGACGAUGAUGACAAUGUCGCUCUUAAUAAUAAGAAAUUAUUUCUAUCCUACAUAAUAUACAUUCUAUGUAACAGUCUUUUGGUUAAUAUUCGAUAUAUAAACAAUAAAACAAUUUCAUUUCCUCA